AGCUCCGGGCGCCCAAAAUCAUAUAAUUUUUAAGUUAGCAUGUUCGAGGUAAAUAUAAGUAUGUGGCCAUUUUUUUUCGAAGAAUCGGUUAAAGAGCGUCGACAGUACGCAAUUCGAGUUUUUUUCGAGUUCACAGUAUUUGUACUGCUGGGAUUAGUGCAUUGGAUCCUUAUGUUGACAUUACUGCAGGACUGGGUUUUGGAUGUUGUAAAAGGCCAUUCAACCGCCUUACUUCUCGCUUUUGUGGUAGGCAUUUUCCUUCUGCUGGUGUUUGCCGUUAGUAAGCCGCUGCGAAAAAAGGCUUGUAUCAAUUGGGUUAUUACCUUAAUAAUAGUGGAGUGUAUAAUAGUUUCUCUAAGUGUGCUGGUCAUUACAUCUGGAAUUCUUUAUAUGCUAGUUGGAUUUUUUAUAGUCGCUUUGGUGGUUGUGUUUGCCAUUUUGAUAGCUGCCAUAAUGCCGGUGAGUGGUUGUUUGAAAAUGAAAAUAAAUUAUCGAGAGAUAAAACUAACUCCUGGCCAACCACAGUGUGAUCUAACUGGUACCGGACUUUACCUAUAUCUCCUGGGUGGUGGUACCUACACGAUGGCUAUAUAUUCCCUGAUGCUGUACGAGAUUCUCGAGUUGACCUGGGGAUAUUAUCUGUUCGCGGUUUGCAUCGCCUGCGUUGUGGUGCUCUUCCUGAUGUAUCAUGUGCAGUGCAUAAUGGGCGGCAGAAGGGCCUCGGCCGGUCUGUUCGAUGACAAGUUCGCCGCUCUGCUCCUAUUCCACGAAUUCAUCGGCCUCUUUGUGCUAACCCUCUACUGGCGACCCCAAAUGCAGCGCCUGCAGUUGAAACAAUAAACGCGCAGUCGGUUCUAUGGCAACCCCCUGUACUUCAGACAGUC